CGUAAGUUGUGAGUGGCCCUAUAAACCCCAACAACAACAAGUGCAUAAUAGUUAUUACAUUAAUUAAUCAAUGUAAACACUAGACAUAAAAUCUUUUACAGUAUACACCGUGGCACUUGUUAUUAUAUAAAAGUAGUAGUAGUAGAGGCAUCAUGGCCGCAAGUGUCCUUCACGCCCUAAUUGAAGUGUCAGAGCAUUUUCAGGAGUUAAUGAGACUGGCUGCAGCAGAUGGUGUGAUUGAAUCAUGGGGUUUAGAAAUUAUACUUCAAAAUGUAAACCUGUCAUUUCAUGAAGAUGACAACUUCCAAGGUCACCUUCUAUUUGGUCUUCACUCACUGCUCCUCCUCUUGGUGAGGAAAUUGGAAGACUUAGGCCAUGAUCUCUACACAGACGCUUGUGGUUGUGGUUGGGAUACUUCACAGCUACCCGAGUCUCAGCACACUGAUAUCCAUAGAUACACUUCAGGAACUGUUGUUCGAUGGGUGCAGGGGGAGUGCUAUGUGCUACUCGCAUCAACUGAAGCAGAAACUCAGGUGUACCAGGAUGGGGAACAUGAAGAUCAACCCAAAGAUGAAUGUGAAGGAAAGCCUGGAAGUAUUACAGAGAGUAAUAAUAAGGAAAAUUCCCCACAAGAGCAUGCCAGUGAGGACACUUACCUGAAGGACAGUUACCAAGGACAGGAAGAGAGUGAAGACAACCACUUAAGGGAUAGUGGUGAGGAACCAGAUCCACCACAUACUUAUGCAACAGACUGUGAUGCAUUAGAUGAAGAUGAUGAUCACGGAGAGGAUGUUGAUUUAUGCCAAGAAAAUGAAGAAACUGAUCCUUGUCAUAGUUCUACACCAGCCUCAAGUGAAACUGGAGAUUUUAUAAAAGUAGUAGAUAAUGAAUUAAUUAGUACUCAUACAAGGUUGAACUCUGACUCCAAUAAAUUACCAAGUGUCUGGUCUGGUUGCCAGAUCCACUCAUGUUCUGCGAAAGGUGAGAAGUAUAAUCUAAAUAAGUGGAAAAAAUUGCAUAAAAGAUUCUCAAAAAAGUCUGUAAACACAAUAGCAUCAAUUGAUUAUGAAGAAGAGUUAAAGCCGAAGUUAUCUUCCAUUCAGAGUUGUGAUCAAGAGUAUGUGGGAGAUGACUGUGAGAUGGAGGACCAGGCUGAGUCUUAUGCCAUUAAGCAGGAAAUGGAGAAUGUUGAAGAUCUUGGGAAAGGUGUUUGUAAUGGUUUUGUAAAAAAAUACUCAUUGAAAAGGAAAGUGGAUGCGGAUGAAAAUUAUAUAAAUGGAAAGAGUCGAGGAAUAACUAAUGAGGACAAGUUGUAUACAGUUAGAAAUUAUUCAAACCCUGUGGACAUAGACAUAAUCUGUGCAGACAAGGAAAGUGAGUCAGAAGAUAGUAGAGAUGGAAGUGACAAUAGAACCACUAACGAGUACCUGAGUAGUGAAGAGGCACAAGGUAGCGAAUAUGAUCGAAGUGAUGGGGAAGCAAGAAUUGAAGCUGAGAGGAGUGAUGAAGAUAUAGAUAAUGAAGACCACGGAUGCAAUGAUGAAGAUACAAGGGAAAACAGUAAGAAUGAAGAAGAGAAAAGCCCAUCAGAUAUUCAACCAUUGAGUCCAGUGAAGCCAUCUGAGCCCAGUAGCUCCUUUGUGGAUGGAAGUGUGUCAGCUGUAGGAGCUGUUAUGAGUGAGGAUAGCAUUGAUGGGGAUAACAGUUGUACCCUCAUUAUUCAUGAAGAAGAUACUAGAGAGGGUAUCUCUAGGGAGGAGACGAAUGAUGGGAUGUCUAGUCCCAAUGUGAUGCAGGAUGCUGAACCUUGUAAGCUAGAGACUGAUAAGGAGGCAAGAAUCACUCCAGAGAUAUUUGGAGCAGACAAAGUGAACAGAGCUCCAAAAGAAGAAGAGCAGAAAAGUUUAGAGGCAUUAGAACUUCCUUUAGGUUGCUGCUCAUUAGUUAAAGACAAAAAGUGUAAUUCUGAAUCCUUUGGUUUACAGAAUCAAAGUAGUUUAUGUGAUAAUAAUACUGAAAUGGAGAAGAUUGCCAGUGAGCAAAGUUAUGAUGACGAUCAGCACAAUGACUAUGAUGAUGAUGAUGAUGAUGAUGAUGAGAGUGAUGAUGAUGACUCCAGCUCAGUCACCUCUAGUAGCUCUUCCUCUUCUUCAUCCUCCUCCAGUAGUGACGAUGAUGAUAGAAUAAGUUUUAAGCAAAGAGUGGAGAGGGCAGCUCAAGCUGCUCGAGAGGCAGAAGCAUCGGCAGCAGCAUUGCUUUCUGCAAGUGUUACUAACCAGGAAACAACAUGUAAUGACAGCCACCCAACACACACAAUAAACCAUGUAGCCCUUGACCAAAAACUUGAUGGUCAUUGUCAGUUAGAAGCCCAAAUGGAAGAUCAGAUAGGAUCAGUCUCUGCAGCUUCAUCCUCAGAAGAUAUUGUAUCACACAACAAUGAAGCUGCCACAGUAUCAACCUCCACUGCUGCUGUUUAUGUGGAUCCUCCUUCAGAUUCCCUUAGUCUAACUCCGCACUUAGCAUGUCCAGAGCCUGUGGAGGUUGAGCACAGUGGACGUGACCCGGCAGAUCUACAAGCAGCUCAGGGCCUGGCAGACCUACAAAUGGGGCAGAAUUUGAAUCUCAGCAAUAACCCGCCAGGCUCUACAUCCAACCCAAUGACCUUCAUGGUGAACGAGCUCCAGGAGAUUCCUCUUGAGGUUCGUCGCUCAGUUGGAGGUAAAGGCUUAGAGUGUGUGGUGUGUGGCAAAAUAUUUAACCGUCUCCUUAAAUUGAAGCAACACCACCGAACUCAUACUGGGGAGCGACCGUGGGGUUGCAGUAAUUGUGGUAAAACUUUCAGUACUGCAUCCUACCUCCAGAAACAUCGCCUUACCUGUCAUGUACCUUCACAUCAGCGACAGUUUUCUUGCUAUGUGUGUCACCGAGGAUUUGGGUUACGAAGCUCCUUACAAACUCAUCUGGCCACCCAUGCCUCUAACAAGCCUUUCACCUGUGACAUCUGCGGCCAGUCCUUUGCUCUUAAGUUCACACUAGACACACACAAAGCACAACACACAGGAAGUCGGCCUUGGGUAUGCAGUGUUUGUGGUCGUUCAUAUGUGACAAAGUACAAGUUACGCGCUCACAUGAAGGCCCACACUGGAGAACUUGCCUGCUCUGUAUGUGGCCGCCAAUUUACAUCUCAGGAUUCAAUGGGGCGCCAUCAGCGACUGCAUGAAGGCUCUGGCAAGAAUCCUAUGCUUCCAACAUGUCAUGUCUGCAACAAGAAAUUUGCUACCCCCAGUCUUCUGAAGAGGCAUAUUGCUAGUCAUGAACGUCAAAAUUCCCUCAAGUGCAAUGUAUGUGGCCAGGACUUCAUUAACCAUCAGCAAUUAACAGCUCAUCAGAGUCAACACCAGCAGUCACCCUUGUCCACAUCACACAGGUGUCACGUGUGCAACAAACUGUUUGUACAGGAAGCACAUUUGUCUCGUCAUCUUGCUACUCAUACACAUUCAACAUUCCACCAACAGAAUAGCAAUCAGUCUCUCCCUGCAACUCAGAGCAAGGACUCUAGUAGGGAUACCACAGGUAGUCAGAUGAAUCAAGGUCUGGUCACACUCCGGCAGUCAGAAGCCGCUUGCUUUAUAUCUGAGAAGAAGCCAUCACUGUUUCAACAGGCUCAGAGUUCCUCACAAAUGAGCACUAACCUUAAUCAGCAGGCAUGUGGGAGUGAUGGAUAUCUCAGUGGAAUAUCUUCACCACAGCAGCAUGCACACCACUUGCAAAAUACUCAGCAGCUCCAUACUGUAACAGUAGAGCAAUCUCAACACCAAGAGCAUUUAAUAAGCACUAGGACAGGCAACACUUCUCGCUCAUCCAGUUUACAGCCCCAAGUUUUUCUUUCAGCUGUUUCUUAUGACCCAGAAAUCUUAGGUGCCAGUUUACAAGAAGCUGCAUAUCAGCAGCCACAAGGACAAGAGUAACUGUACAUAUAUGUUAAUGCAUAUAAAAACUUCCUAGUCGCUCAGCAUUUGUUACCCUUGGGAUAUGGUAAAAUUUAAUAUAUACUGUAGUUUGUUAAAUUCAUAAUAUAAACUGGAACAAAGUUACAUCUAUGGCACUGAGGAUUCCCACAAAUGCAAACACACUUUCAGCAACAAAAAAGUCUUCAUUGUUAAGUAAUGUUCUUGUUUUGCGAGUUGUUGCUUAAGGUCCUUGAAUGUAUCCCUAAGUUUAUUAUGUUAAAUCUGCUCAAGAGAGGUUCCUUGAUGUUGGUGAGGGGCUCUUGAUCAAAGGAAUUGAACCUGAACUACCCUUCCUUCGAUUGAACCUGAUUACCUCCCAUUCCCCCAGGUGCUUUAUGACCCUUAUGAGUUUAGUGCUCCCCACAUGAAUGUGAUAAUAGUAUGUUAAAUUGGGUUUGAUUUAUGCUAUUUCAUGUUAUUCACUGGAGAGCAUCUAUUGCAUACAUACUGUAUAUGCAAAAUGAAAUUUCACUUUAUUUUAAAUGUAACAAGUUUUGUAAAGAAGAUACUGUGAGCUCUGAUUUAGGCUUCUUUUGUGAAGGAUGAGCUUUGACAUUAUCAUGAGCUGAAUAAAGUACUGUAUUAAGUUAUUAAACUUUAUUUUUUUCUAGUGAUUUUUAAUACGUAUAAGUGCCAGAUGACUGUGAAACAAAAACCUGUAACUGUUUUGCAUGAUGGUAGGAUUGCUGGUUUCUUUUUCUGUCUCAUAAACACGCUAAGAUAACAGGGAUAUCUUGCUACUCCUACUUACACUUUGGUCACACUUCACAGACACGCACAUGCAUAUAUAUAUAUACAUACAUCUAGGUUUUUCUCCUUUUUCUAAAUAGCUCUUGUUCUUUUUUAUUUCUUCUAUUGUCCAUGGGGAAGUGGAAAAGAAUCUUUCCUCCGUAAGCCAUGCGUGUCGUAUGAGGCGACUAAAAUGCCGGGAGCAAUGGGCUAGUAACCCCUUCUCCUGUAUACAAUUACUAAAAAAGAGAAGAAGAAAAACUUUAUAAAACUGGGUUGCUUAAAUGUGCGUGGAUGUAGUGCGGAUGACAAGAAACAGAUGAUUGCUGAUGUUAUGAAUGAAAAGAAGUUGGAUGUCCUGGCCCUAAGCGAAACAAAGCUGAAGGGGGUAGGAGAGUUUCA